AUGCUGCGAUUUAUGAGAAGAGCAAUUUCCAGCUCGUCCUUCAGUCUCAGCCCAAAACAGCUGUGUUCAGAGCUUGAUAAAUUCAUAGUCGGGCAACAAGAGGCGAAACAGGCUGUAGCAAUUGCUCUUAGGACCAGGUGAAGAAGGAAGCAAUUGCCAGAAAAUCUUCAAGCUGAGGUGACACCAAAAAACAUCUUGAUGAUUGGGCCAACUGGAUGCGGAAAAACAGAAAUUGCUAGAAGGCUUGCAAAGCUCUGUGGGUCACCAUUUAUAAAGGUUGAGGCUACGAAGUUUACGGAAGUGGGGUAUCAUGGCCGAGAUGUGGAUCAAAUUAUCAAGGAUUUAGUUUCAGCAGGGAUACACCAGACCAAGGAAAAUUUGAGGAGCAAACUGAAAAGCUUUUCUUCAGAAAUUGACGCCAUUGUGGAGGAAUACUUGCUAAGCCAUCUGCUAGGGCCUGAUUUUCCAGAGAAUGAGAGAAAAGAAGUUAAGCGUGAGCAGCUGAGGUCAGGAAAAAUGGACCAGAGGAUGAUUUAUGUAGAAAUCCCUGAUUUAGAAAAGAUUGUAGAGAGAAACACCCAAGCUGAUGCUCUGUCAAUAGAGGACUACCUCGACACCCUGAAAAGAUAUAAGCCAGGCAGAACUCUCCAAGCUUAUAAAGAAAAAAUCCAAAUCGGGGAAGCCAAAAAAACACUGGCAACUCAGAUAACUGAAGGCUACAUGAAAGAACAAAAUAUAAUUAAAGAAGCCUUAGAAGCAGUCCAAGAGCAUGGAAUUGUUUUUAUUGACGAAAUCGACAAAAUCGCCACCUCAGCUGACGCAAUAAAAACUGGCACAAAUCCAAGUGCAGAAGGAGUACAAAGAGACUUAUUGCCUAUAAUAGAAGGGACCAUGAUCACCACCAAGCAUGGCGACGUCCAAACUGACCACAUCUUAUUCAUUGCCUCAGGAGCUUUUAGCGAAACCAGACCAUCUGAUCUCCUCGCUGAGCUCCAAGGCCGUCUUCCUGUCAGAGUCAACCUAAAAGCUUUACAAAAAGACGACCUUAAAAGAAUUUUGACUGAGCCAGAAAACAACUUGAUAAAGCAAAACACAGAACUCUUGAAGACUGAAAAAAUUGACCUGAAAUUCACCCCAGAAGCAGUUGAUAGGAUUGCUGAGGUCGCCGACGAAAUCAAUAAAACCAUAGAAAACACUGGUGCAAGAAGACUCACAACGGUAAUGGAAAAGAUUUUGGAGGAUAUCUCUUUUAAUGCGCUGGACUAUGAAAACCAAGAGGUUGUCGUCACAGCUGAGUUGGUGAAUAGCAAAGUAAAAGAAAUGACGAAACAGACAGAUCUCAGGAAGUAUCUACUAUAG